AUGAUUUUGACGGAGAAAGAAGUGGUUUGGGUGAAUAUGUUAAGGUGUAGAUAUGGCAAUAUCGAGAUUAAGGUGCAAAUUGGUGAUGAUAGUGUUUUGCAAAACAAUGAUUUUAUUUGGUGGCGUGAUGUUGUUUUAUCUGAUAAUGCCACUGUUGCACCCCAUUUCAAAUUUGUAGGUUCUGUCCAAAUCAAACUUAGGAAUGACAGCGGUCGAACUUUCUGGCAGUCUUCUUGGUUGGGGCUGCAAUCGCUGCAGGAGGUGUUUCCAGAAUUUUUUCAGCAUGCCAUAAACACUUCGGCUAGCGUGGAAGAAGCAGUGGCUGGUCUGGUGAGCAAAUUUUAG